AAGUAGCAGAUUAUAAUUAUUAUUAAAUAUAAAAAAUAUUUUCUUAUAUUGCGCAAUUAUAAUGUGACAUGUACUUAAGAUUUCUGACAUCACAAACUCGUUUUCAAUAAUUCCAAAUAAAAAACUAUUUGGCAAACAUCGAACAACUAUUUAUCAACGUAAUAUUGAUACAUUGAAUUCUUAACACAAGAUGCCGAAUGAUGAACCUGUUGUUAGGUACACAAUCAAAAACGAAUUUUUAAAUAAUAAAGAAGGGAAGGAGCCACCAUUAGCCGAAUAUGAAGAUUUUAGCGACGUUUUAGAUUAUGAUGAAGUAGAUGGAGAACUUACGCCACUUACAAAUGGAGUUGAGGAAGGAAUUUUAGUGGCACGGAAAGGGCCAAAUAGAAAAAUAGUUCCGUCAGGUUUCUUCCCACAAUGGCCAACUUUCUACUCAGAUGUUAAUCUCAAAGAUGAAAAUGUGCCAAAUUUAAAUCUUUACCAGCAAAAGAAAUCAAUGGCACAAGGAAUGCUUGAUUUAGCGCUUUUGUCAGCAAAUGCCAAUCAGCUACGUUACAUUUUAGAUUCAAACGAACGAAAUCAUUACUUUUAUGUCAGUUUGUCUUUGAUAAGUAUGAGUUUGCUAAGAAAAAUAAAAAUGGAAGGAGAAUCUUCGAAUUUGCCCGAGACAAUCGCGAAAAACUCUCAGCAGGAGGAUUCUGGAAGAAAGAAAAGUGGCAACAUAAACUUAGAACCUUUACUUAGCGAGUCUUCAGAAGCUAAUCCAGCAGUUAUCGAUGUUUCCGGAGAUAGCGAAGUUGUGAAAAAUGAAGCAGGAAAAAAAUCAUCUGAAUUCUCUUCAAAAAACGCACCAGACAUUAACAUGUAUCAAAAUAAAAAGACAAUUGGCACUGGAAUGAUGGACUUUGCGUUGUUGGUCACGAAUGUUAACCAACUUAAGCAUAUCAUUUCAAUGAUAUCAUCAGGAAGUCCGAGUUUUUACGUGACCUUAACGAUGGUGAUAAUCAGUAUUCUUCUACAAUUAGUUUUGGGAAUCAUGUUGGCACUCAACAGUCGCUACGACAUCAUGGAUGGUGAUGACGUUCGGAAGGCUGAUAAAAUCAAUGAUCGUAUUACUGUUUUAACUUUCAUUAUCACAGCUGUCAAUGUUGCUAUUCCAGGGUUUGGACUUCCAAAUUAAAUUUUUUUUAAUCUUUAAACAUGAGUCAAACAUUCCAACAAUUCUUCUUUAUACAAAUAUCUACUAGAAGUUUUUAUCGAUUAAGCAUCUCCCACUUAAAAUACUUUACAUUUUAAUUCUCAAUUUGAUGCUCAUUUGAGAGUUGUUUUGUUUGAGUUCGCGUGUUUGAGUUUCUUGAGUCUCUCGUUGACUUAUUUUUUAUGUUUCUAACUUGUUUAUAUUUCAAGGUUUUACUUAUUCAGUCUCUCUAUGUCCGCGAAAACAUUCUCACUUCUGUAAUAUAUUUUUAUGAAAAUAUUCCGGCAAUAAGUUUCAAUCAUAAAUAUUUUGGAAAAGUGAAGAUAGAAAUUAAAAGUAUUUGAAAUUUUCAUCAAUGUAAAAGUUUAGUUUAGACAAUUCAAUAAACAAUUCCAACAUCUGUUUUUAACUUGUCUUUGAAUGACUAAAAAUCUGUUCCAAAUAAAGUUUCAGUGAACGAAUAUUGAUUUCUUUUACUCCUUUGUGUUUACAAAAUGUUUUUUUCAUGACGUCAUGCAAAGAGAAUGACUUCAAAGUUCAGCAGAAAAAGAGAAACUUGAGUUUCAGACACAAAAAUAAACAAGUAUCAGAUCAUUUUGUCAGAUUUUCUCCCGAAUAAGAUCGGUGAAUUUUCAAUUCUUGUUGUGGUACUUAUUGCGUUUAUUACACUGCGUUCAAGGUUGAUGAACUGAAGCAGAAAGAAAUUUACUCAUCAACUUCCUAUUGACUUCAAACUUGUUUAGUUAGCGAUUUUAUAACAAUGGAGAAAGACGGUCACGUUACAAUUAAUAUGAAGAAGGAGUCAAAUAAAUCAUCUGAUAGAAACAAUCAGAAUAGACCUAGAAAUAGAAGACGAUCUCCUUCACCUAAAAGUCGAUCUCCGUCGAGAAAUCGAACGACGCGCGAUAUUGAUGCAGCAAGUCGUGAUGCGAUUCCAUUAAUACCUGAAGCUGCUCUGCCACGACAAAAACCACCUAAAGCUGGUCCGGAAAUAGAUGAUGAUGAGAAUGACAGAGAAAAUGUUUUGCCAACUCAUGGCAUAGAUGACGGAUUCUUUGACGAAGGAAAUGUCUCUGAAGGAAGAAAAGAAAAAAAUCCUUUGCCAGAAACACCGAAAACAAAUGGUGAAAAGCCUCAUCGAGGAUCUAUCCCAGGAGUGUUUCCACAUGCGCCACCUGAUUAUGGCGGACCUGGAGUUGUGACAUUACCUUCUGACCAACCUCGAGUCAUUCCUGAUAUUAACGUCUACCAACAUAAAAAAACCUUAGCUCAAGGCAUGAUGGAUCUGGCACUUUUAUCAGCAAAUGCAAAUCAACUGAGAUACGUUCUUGAAUCUUAUGAUCGACAUCCGUAUUACUACUUCAGUGUCACUUUUAUAGUUACGAGUCUCAUUUUCCAAGUUCUUGUAGGAAUCGGCCUCGUCCUCAACUCCAGAUAUAAUGUGAAGGAUAAAGAAGAUAUUUGUAAGGCUGAUCGAAUUAACAAUCUCAUCACAAUCGCCAUUCUUCUCAUUACUAUAAUUAACGUUUUUAUAUCAGCUUUUGGUGUAGCCGAAGUCAGAGCUGCUAAAUAAGAAUUGUGUAGUGCUCAUUUUUGAAAAAUGUUGUAAAUCUUAAGAAGUUUGUUUGUCUACCAAGUGAUAACAGUCUUAAGAACCUUUCCCACUUCUCUGACUAGUUUUGUAGUUAUUCAGAAAGAGAUAACAAAAUCUUAAAGUACAUAACGAUUGCAGAUAAACAUUCAAAAUUAUUUAAAAAAUAUCUCAUUGCUUGCUUCAAAUUUAAGUCAUUCAUGUUUAGAAGUUUCUUGUGACUAGACGAUUACAAUAUUCAGUGAAAUGAAAAUAAUUAAGCCAACUUUAAAUUCAAGGAGAAGAAGAUUAGUGAAUAAACUCUCAAUCAGAAGAAUGCGAGUGGUGAUUUGUAAUGACAGCGGCUCUUCGUCUAGUGAUGAUGACAUUCGACCAUUUCUUCCUGAUACAACUUCUGGUGAACUUUCACCAAUCGAAGAAUCUCAUUUGGAAAAUGUUAUUGAAAGUGACUCAAGCUGCAGUUCAUCAUCAAGUGAAUAUUUAAGUUCAUUUGUGAAUGGAACUUUGUCAGAUAUUUCAAACUUAUCUGACAAUGACCGAAGAUAUCGUUAUCAAAGGUCCCCAACAGACAUUCGAUGUGAACACCCCAUACAUAAUUACUUAAAUGGUGGAGAUGCUCUAGAAAUUAUUGUAGGAGACGAUCCUUUAACUCAUACUCAGACGAUGCCUUUUUCCAACCAAUUUCCGAGUCAAGAGUUAGUAUGUCCAAUGCAGAAUAUCGGAACAUGUCAUCAUUUUAUGGAUAUUUCACAUGCAUUGAUGAAUUUUGCUCUUUUGGCUUUCAAUAUUAAAGAUUUAAUUCGAUUGUUGGCCUCAAAAGAAGAACGACAAUUCUUAUACCUGAGCUUAUCAUUCAUUAUCGUUGGAUUUAUCCUGCAAUUCAUUGUCAAAAUGCUAUUGGUGAUUAACUGCUGUUGUAAAUUGAAUCAGGAAACAAUUAACCGAAAACAUUGCUUGUCAUUCUUCAUAAGUUUUGGAAUUUUACUUGGAUUUUUAUGUUAUGAAGCAAUCUCAAUAAUUGAUCAUUUCGAAGAGAAUGUCUGAAGAUUAUUCAUCAAAUAUUUUAUUUUAUCAUACUCAACACACUGACAGAGAUUUUAUUUAGAUAUUUUUUAAUUUCUUAAAAACUUCUUUAAAUACAAGAAGAUUUACUUGAUAAGAAUUCAACGUUAAGAUAAGAAAAUAAAUCGAUAAAAAAAAAGAUUUUUAUCAAUCGUCAUUAUCAUUUGUUUGCUUUCCACAGUUAAGGUUUAGCUUUGAAAUUGUCAUUACCUAAGUUACUCAAUUGAGAAAGAAUGCAGUCAAGAAUGUUUUAUCCUACAAGUGAAAAAAUAGCUAAAUCUUUAAAAAUUGAUAAAGACGAUAUGAAAAAAGUUUACUCGAGUCUGUAUUCGAGCUUAAGUUCAAAG